AUGUGGUCUUGGUUCGGCGGAGCCGCCGCUCAGAAGCGGAAGGAUGUGCCUAAGAACGCUAUCUUGCAGCUGCGCGAGCAGCUGGACAUGCUACAGAAACGCGAGAAGCAUUUAGAAGCUCAAGUCGCAGAACAAGAUGCUGCUGCGCGGAAAUAUGUCAACACAAAUAAGAACGCUGCCAAGGCCGCACUCCGACGAAAAAAGGCCUUGGAGAAAAAUGCCGAACAGACCUCCGCGCAGAUUCUCCAGCUGGAGCAGCAAGUGUAUUCGAUCGAGGCUGCAAAUAUCAACCACGAGACGCUGUUGGCGAUGGAGCGGGCCGGCAAGGCUAUGCAGCAGAUUCAUAGUGGAAUGAACAUCGACAAGGUCGAUAAGACAAUGGAAGACUUGCGGGAACAACACGCGCUCAGCGAAGAGAUUGGGCGGGUUAUCACAGACGUCCCACUGGGCGAGCAGCCAGACGAGGACGAAUUGGAGCAAGAGCUGGAAGGCCUCGAGCAGGAGCAGAUGGACGAACGGAUGCUCAACACCGGGCCAACUCCUGUUACACCCGCACUGGACCGGCUUCCAGCCGCAGGCACUUCGGAUCUAAACAAGAACAAGCCGGCUGCGGUCGAGGAGGACGACGAGGAGGCAGAGUUGGCCAAGUUGAAAGCGGAAAUGGCCAUGUGA